AACCAACUCAGCUAAUAUGCUUCAUGGGAUCCUGAUUUAAAGAGACACUGUGAAAGAAACAGAAUCAGAUAUGUCGAUAAUCAAGGUCCUACUGGCGGACACCUUCUCCAUCUCCCUCUUCCUCAUCUGCAUCGCAGUGCUCUUCUUCAUCCUCCUUUUAAAAUCUUCGACUAAGUCCAGCGGCUACAAGUUCCCCCCGGGACCCAAACCCUGGCCCCUCAUUGGCAACCUCAACAUUCUCAAUAUGAACUUCCCUCAGAAAACCAUGUGCGAGCUAGCAGAGCAGUACGGGCCAGUGUUCACCUUCCACAUGGGUAGGGAGAAGCAUGUUGUUCUGACUGGAUAUGAUGCUGUGAAGGAGGCCCUGGUGACCCAGGCAGAUGACUUUGGGGAGAGGGGCUUGAAUGCAAUGAAUUGGCACAAUUUCAAGGGCAAGGGCAUCAUAUUUGGCGUGGGUGAGUCAUGGAAGACCAUGCGCCGCUUCACACUGUCCACUCUACGGGACUUUGGAAUGGGCCGCAGCACUAUCGAGGACCGCAUCAUAGAGGAGGCACAGCUGCUGCUGGAAGUCUUUACACAACACCAGGGCAAGCCUUUCAACGUCACUACACCCAUGAACUCUGCCGUUUCCAACAUUAUCUGCGUGCUGGUGUUCGGUAAUCGUUUUCAGUAUGAUGACCCGCAGUUCCUUCGUCUGCAGCAGAUGGUCAGUGAGAAUAUCCGACUGUCAGCCAGCCCUAUGUCACAGAUAUAUAAUGCAUUCCCUGUACCAAUAUUCCGGAUAGGUGAUAUCAGAAAGAUUGCGAAGAACAGAAUAGAGAGCAGCUCUUACUUUAGAAAAGUUUACAAGCAGCGCAAAGAAGAACACGACAGCAACGACGUGAGGAGCUUCAUCGACCGCUUCAUCGUCAAGCAAAAUGAGGAGCACAAGAACCCCCACACUUUUUUUGAGGAGGAGAACAUGGUGCUGACUGUAUCAAACCUGUUUGGUGCAGGAACAGAGACCACAUCCACCACCCUCCGCUGGGGUCUCCUGUUCAUGAUGAAGUACCCCCAUAUUCAGGAGAAGGUACAGGCUGAGAUAGAGAACGUGAUUGGCAGAGAGCGCCCCCCGCGGGUCGAUGACCGCAAGCGCAUGCCAUACACAGACGCGGUGGUGCACGAGACCCAGCGCUUCGGGAAUAUAGUUCCAAAUAACCUGCUCCACGAGACGAGAACGGACACCACCUUCAGGGGCUACCACAUCCCAAAGGGCACCCCGGUCAUUCCAUUACUCACCUCCGUGCUGUAUGAUAAGACGCAGUGGCAGACUCCACACCAGUUCAACCCCGGACACUUCCUGGACGCAGAGGGCCGCUUUGUUAAGAACGAUGCUUUCAUGCCCUUCUCGGCCGGGCGGAGAAUAUGCGUUGGGGAGACCCUGGCCAAGAUGGAGCUUUUCCUCUUCUUCACCAGCUUCCUACAGAGAUUCACAUUCAAACCCCCUCCAGGUGUCUUGCCUGAGGAUUUGGACAUUUCGCCAUGUCCAGGGGUGACCUCUUCACCCGUACCCUAUAAGCUCUGCGCCAUCAGCCGCUGACACUCAACACUUCAACACUCUGGAACAGAAAGACUGCGGCUGAAUGGGAGCGCGAAUGUGAAGUGCACAGCUUAUUGUCACAUGGCCAGCUCCACACCCACAGUCCCACUCACACACACACACACACACACACCCACCCAGAGUCACACUCACACACACACACACACACACCCAGAGUCCCACUCACACACACACACCCAGGGUCCCGCUCACACACACACACAAGUGCACACACAUGGCCAGGCAGGAUGGAGAGGGAACAUUAAUGCAUUUCUCUGCUGGACAAGCUGAUUAUUAUUAAAGUAGUUGCAGUAAUUUUGUACACUGGUGUAAUGGGUUUCAUGAGUUUAAUGCAUAUUGUGAUUCUUCAUUGUUUGUAUUCUCAAUCAGUUGCUAUGGCCAUACAGCUUUAUGGCAAGCAUUCCAAUAAAGCACGUUGAAUUAAUAAAUUAGAAUUUGAGAAAGGUUUUGGGUAUAGUAUUAUGGGAUUUAAACAGAAAAGGAUUGUGGGUAUAAAAGUGGAGAAGACAGAAAUAAAGAGGAAAUUAAGAGUGGCAGGGUUGAAAUGAAGUUGAUAGAUGUAAGUUGAUAGUAUGGUUUCUGUGUGCAACCUUGUAUUUUGAUACAGUACACAUCAGAGAGCCAUCCUAUACAUAUGCAGGAAGCAGUAUACAUUCUGCAAGUGGAAUAGAGGUGUUUAUCUACCUCUGCUUUGUAAUAAGAAUAUUAUUUUAGCAUAGCACUACGUAGCACUACAUUGCACUGUCUCAUACAUAGAAAAUGUGCUACUGUGGGAAAGUGAUUGUAGCUGUAAAACUGAAUGUAAGAAACUAGGGAUGUAAGAUCAGAAAACAGAUUGUGGGUUCCAGGCCUAUAUUCUAACAUACGGUUAGAAUUGUGCUUAGGGAUAGGAAAAAGUUAAGUAUUAGGGUUGAGGAAAGUUUAGUUGUACAACCAGAAGCAAGGGGAAUUGUAAGCGUAAGCAUUAGUCUUUGAUUUGGAUGCUCAAUUUUUUUUUCCACAAUAGCUUUAUGUAUUUUCAUUUGUUUUAAGGCAUAUUUUUUUUUUUUCUAAAAGAAUUACUGAAAACAGCUUUCCUGCUAUUUUUCUUGUGGAAUUGAAAAUGUGUAUGUUGUUUUUCAUCCAUUUGUGUAGAAACAUACCAUAUUUGAGAUCAUUCCCAGGUUGUGGCAAGUUUAGGGUCAUGUAUAGAACACGGGUCAGGGUAAGUGUGAGGGUUCAUGCACAUUUAGGUUUCUGUGCAGGAGCGAAGGAAGGGAUAAGGGUUAGUCACUCAUUUGCAUCACCAAAAUGUUUUCAUAAUUGCAGCCUAAUCUGAUGUAUUUUGAUAUUUUGUCAAUUAAAUACAUUUAAAAAAAAUAA